CCGGAGUAGCCGCUCUCUGUUUCUCUCUGCCUCGACGGUGUAUUUUUGUGCGCCGUAUGGGCCGCGCGCGAGGAUCUUGAUUUAUCGAUAAUGACACGUAAAGUCGUGCAACACAGCAUAUAAAUUACAUCCUCCACGAUGUCGUCCGACAACGAGGACGCUCAAUUGCCGGCGUACGAGGACGAUCCGCGAGUUCCUUGCCAGUACGGCGUCAAAUGCUAUCAGAAGAAUCCGCAGCAUCACGGCAAAUAUAAACACCCGCCAAAAGGGGAGAAGAAAAUUGGGAGGACGAUUACUGGAGAGAAGAGAAAGGAUCCUUUCAAAGAUAAUGGAAAAGCGCAGUUAAAAAGUCCAGUGAGAAAAUUGCAGAAGGCACACGAGCCUUCCGAAAGGAAUUUACAUGAGCUCUCUCCAAGUCCGGAGAGAAGUGAUGUUGUUAGAGACAACGACAUUGAUGAGAAAGCAGAAGCAUCGAGUGAGAAAACGUCGCAGAAUGAAUGUAAUUCAACUGAACACAACGCGGAGAAUAAAUCUGACGCCGAAGGAAUAAUCAUGGAUCUAUUUCUGGUCGAGAUGCCGGAAGAUUUUUUUCAGUUUUACGAAUUUUGCAAAAGUAUAUCGAAGCACAGUCCUCUCACAGCUUGCAAGUCCGUUCGCUUGACACUUGUGGGCCCGUACGAUGUGCUGGAUGGUAAAAUAAAAGUGCCCUCGAGUAAGGACGAUAAGGAAAAGUAUUUGACACACUGGAGAUAUUAUUACGACCCUCCAGAAUUUCAGACUAUUGCGAAAUGCGACGAUAAAGAGGGAUUACAUUUCGGUUACUGGCGAGAUAAUGUGGAAAAGCCGGUGUUUGUAGCGAAGAAUCGAGCAAACGUGAACGGUGUAUUUGAACCUGUCGCAGAAAAUAUAUUUGGUGCUGUCGAUACGUAUUUGCAAAAUAAAGUGAAGUUGGCCAAUCCCUUCGAGAAGGCCGGCAUAGCGCGUUUGCAUUCGCAAUUGAAGAAUUUUGCCAAGCAGCACAAUGUAACUCUGGAGAGAAAUACUGUAGGCAUGCGAGCGAGAGAGAAACGGGUUGUAGCGCGAACCUUUCAUAAGGCAGGCAUUGUAGUUCCAUAUGAUAAGAAGACUCAAUUAGGUUACAGAGAUUUGGCAGCGACAGACAACGAUUUACAAAAAAUAUUGGAGCAGAUAGAGGAGGCUGGUACUCCAGAAGUAAGAAAGACAUCGAUUGCGAGACUUGACGAGGUCGUAAGAUUGGCGACGAUAGCGGCGGACGAAUGCGACUUCGGUACUUGCUUAGAGUUGGGACACGAUCUCUUCUCAAACGGCGGCAUUCACGUACAAACUAGAGCUCUGCAAAUGCUGUCUAUCGCGUACACUCAUUUAAAAAGACCACAGCUAUUAAGAAUAGUGAAAGCACAUUUGAAAAACAGGAAGAAGGGUUGUGAAUUGAGUGUGAUUUAAAAUAUUUAACAGUGACUUAUACAUAUAUUUUUUAAUUAAAUCUUGAACACAUGUUUGUUAUGACCUUUUGGGAAUUUGUUUGGUACCUUAUUGCGACCAAAUUACUGCAAUUUGUAUACGUUAUGUGUGAAUUAUAAUUAUAUUUAAUAUUUUGAUUCAAAUUUUUUGAAAUAACAUUUACAAAGGGAGCAAUGAUAAUUAUAAACAGUAGGAUCAGUACAAAUGGUAACAUUCUUUAGUGACAAAAUAGAGAACAAAAUUAACGGCGUUGCGCCGUGUUCUGGACUACCCAACAACGUCAAGGUAACUCAGGUUGUGAUGUGUGAUGCCGUUCUCUAAAAUGUCUCUCAGGUCGCAAAACUUUCAAAGCGGACUCACGUUAAAGGCUUUUAAUAUUAUAUAAUAAAUCUCGAUUUCUCGCGGCUGGGUUGUUAAUCUCAGUAUUAAAAUUGAAAUAGAUUAUAAUAAAAAUUUUAACUUCGUACAUUUUCUAUCGUAUAUAAUUUUAAU